UACUACUGUUCUUCAAAAACUAGGGUUUAGUCAUCUCUCUCUUCUCUCUCUCUCUCCAACGCACAGAAAUGGCGGAGGAACCCCCAAUCACUCCUCCCCCACCACCGUGUUGGAGCAAUAUAGUGAAGCAGCAGCAACCACUACCAAACCACCACCAUCCCGUCAGCGGCGGCGGCCUCACGGCGGCGGCGCCCGAUCGGGUGUUCGUGGACAGCUGCAAGUCCAGCAAGGGCAUCGCCGUCGCGGUGGUGGACGCCACCGCCAUCAUACAAGGCGGCGAGAAGCUCGUAAACUGCGCCGACAAGUUCAUGUCCGUGUCCGAGGUCAUGGACGAGGUUAAAGACCCCAUGUCACGUCACCGCCUCAAUUUUGUUCCCUUCACUGUUGAGACCAGGGAGCCUUCUCCUGAAUCCCUCAAAAAAGUUAUCAAGUUUGCAAGGGCAACCGGUGACUUACAGACGCUUUCUGAUGUUGAUCUGAAGCUCAUUGCUUUGACUUAUACACUGGAAUCUCAGAUCCAUGGUACUGCACAUCUCAGAGACAUUCCUCCCCCUAUUCACACGGUAAAUGUGAAGAGGUUGCCUGAGAAAGAUAUGCCUGGGUGGGGCUCCAAUGUUCCUAAUUUGGAAGAAUGGGAAGCAUUGGAGACUGAGGCUGAGGCUGAGGCUAAAUCAAACCCCAAUUCGAGAAUCCUCCCAUUAAAAGACCUAGACUUGAAUGCCAUCCCCACCGCUCACCAUGUGAGUGAUGAAGAUUGUUCAAUGGGUCAUGAAGGUGACUUUCAUGUCGGAAAUGAGGAAGAUGCUGAUGGCGAAUUUGGAAAACCCAGGAAAAAUUUACCUGCGAAGAAAGAGGUAAACAUUGAAGGGAAAAAGAUGGUGGCAGAUGGAAUUGAUGCCUCUCAAGGACAAUUCGAGGAUGAUGCUGGUGACUGGCUGCCUGCUGUUAGCCGAAGUACUCAUAGAAAGUACCUGAGGAGAAAAGCCAAACGUGAAAUGUAUGGGGCCUUGUCUGACAAAGAUAGUCAGCAAGAUGCAGCAGAAAAUGUAGACAUUGAUAACAUUGAAAAUGAAACUCAUCAACUAACAGUUGAAAUUUCUGAUGAAACACCUGUAGAUGAAAUUUUGGAGGAAAGAAAGGUUUCAGAAGAGGAGAACAUUGAGGGAGGUCUUUCAACAAUUUUGAAUGAAAUGAGGCUAGAAGAAGACUCAUUAAAGGUUCUUGAAGAAGGAAAGGAGGCGGAGUGGAGUAAUUCAUGUGCAGGACUUGAGUCUAACACUUCCACAGGGGAGGAACCCCCAUCUGAUGAUAAUGCAAAUAUAGAUGUUGAUGGAGGUCAGAUUGAAAAUGUCAACGAAGAAUUGGAACAUAUGGAUAUUUCAAGCCAGACAAAUGGAAGUGUCAAUGCUUCAUAUGUGGAUGACAACAGUAGUGAGCAGAGCUGGACGUUAAGAUCCUUGUCUGAAUCAACUGUCGCUUGUAUAACGAGUGAUUUUGCAAUGCAGAAUGUACUUCUGCAGAUGGGUUUACGGUUGCUGGCACCUGGAGGAAUGCAGAUCCGCCAGCUGCACAGGUGGAUACUGAAAUGCCACGCUUGCUUUAAGGUGACUACAGAAGUCGGUAGGAUCUUCUGCCCCAGUUGCGGAAAUGGUGGCACCCUAAGGAAGGUAGCUGUCACAGUAGGUGAAAAUGGCAUAGUUCUUGCUGCCCGCCGGCCACGUAUUUCCUUGCGCGGCACACAAUUUUCUCUGCCUUUACCCAAAGGUGGAAGAGAUGCCAUUACUAAGAACCCUAUUCUAAGAGAAGAUCAGCUUCCGCAGAAGUUCCUGUACCCGAAGACAAAGAAGAAGAAUAAACAGGGAGAUGACAUCUUUUCUUCCGAUGACAUCUUUCGCCACCAAACAGAUAAGAAAGCACCUCUGCAGCCUCCUGUAAGGAAAGCAUUGGCAGUUUUCAGUGGAAAGAGAAAUCCCAAUGACAACCAUUACUCCCGUUCUAAGCGUUAGAUAGUUUUUACGGUUAAGUUUUGUAAUUUGUAAUGUGUUUUGACUUAUUUUUGUGAGGGCUUGUAUGUUUGUUUAAUGAGCUGCUCGAAGGAGAGAGAUUAUGUUUCGUUGAGUUUUUGAUGGCUGCAUAAGGUUGCUGAAUAAUUCUGUGUUGACUAUUUAUUCUCAGACUGAUCACAAUUUUGGACUA